AUGGCUGACCACCAGAACGGAGACUCCACCAUGGCGCAGGACCCCACCAACGCCCAGGGCGGCGAGUUCGCCGAGUCCAAGGGCAAGGGCAAGGCUGUCGCCAGCGAGCAGGACCUGAAGGGCGAUACUGCCAUGGAUGAGGACGACGACGACGAUGAGGAUGAGGACGCCGCCGAGAACGACGACGACGAUGAUGACGCCGAGGACGACGACGACAUGCAGGAGAUCGACCUCGACAACGUCGUCGGUCGCCGCACCCGUGGCAAGGUCAUCGACUUCGCCAAGGCCGCCGAGGAGAACCCUGCGCCCGAGGAUGAGGAUGACGAGGACGAGGAUGAUGACUUCGAGGACCCUGACAACAGCAAGAUGGAUGAGGACUAG